ACUAUAAGCCGUAGAGAAAGUGAUAUUUAAACAAUGCUACCUACCAAAAGAAAUAAAUCGCUAUAAAUAAUUUAUGUUGUUCCAAUCAUGGAAAUGCUCUGACCAUUUAAGCUAUCUUUAAUCGAACAAUGAAAGGAAACAAGAUACAACAAUGAUAGGAAUAUUAGUGUAGCUGUCAAUUUCCUGCUCGAUAAAUUUCACUUCACGAAGAUGUUUGUAAUUUGCAGAGUUGGUACCGUGGUAGUGGAUUAGCGAAUAGACAAGUUAAGCUCUGCAAUCAUCUGCAAUCUACGCGGAAAGCACCUGCACUGUGUUUUUUCGCGGACAUGGUGUUUUGAGUUUUUUUUUUUAAUUGCAGAAUAGAUUUGGAUUCAUUAACCGUUCGUCUCCUCGUCGAAACACCUUGGAUUGGAAUAAAAAAAAUGACGCUAUCCACGAGUCAGGGAAUGCUAACUAGCCGUAUGUGACCGUCGAGUGAAAUAUACAAGCUAGCUGGCUGGUAGAAACUAACGUAAACACUCCGUAAAUAUAUACACGAACAAUUUUGACGAUAAGAAAAUAAAUAGUCAGACGCUAGAAUUCGGUACUGAGUAACGCGAGAAGUCGUUUAGGCUCGUUUCUUUUCUUUUGACGAGAUGGCAGAUUUCGAUGCUAUUUAUGAAGAGGAGGAAGAACACGAUCAGAAUUUAGAGGAACAGUACGUCACUCUUGUGCCUGAUCCCAUUGUCAUUCGCGGUGCUGGUAACAUGACAGUAUUCGGACUCAGCAAUAGAUUUGAAACUGAAUUUCCUAAUGGAUUGGUGUCACGAGUAGCGCCAGAAGAAUUCAAAGCAACUGUGAUAAGAGUGAAUAGCGUGCUGAAGAAAACAUUGCCAGUUAAUGUAAAAUGGCUGUUUUGUGGCUGCGUCUGUUGCUGCUGUACUCUGGGCUGUUCUUUAUGGCCAGUUGUUUGCCUUAGUAAAAGGACACAACAUUCUUUAAACAAAUUGUUGGAGUGGGAGAAUAGCAGACUAUAUCACAAAUUGGGUUUGCAUUGGCGACUCACCAAACAGAGAUGCGAUAGUUCAUCGAUGAUGGAAUACGUUCUCUUGGUCGAAUUUGUUCCAAAGAUACAAAUAUACAGGCCUGAUUAAAGAGUAUAAUGUUCGAGAAUUAUGUCUCAGUAUAGAAUAGAUAUAAAUGAGAACGCGUAUACACUGUUAAAAGUAAGUAUGAAUAACUCAAAAUCAGAGGACUAAGGUCAAGAGUGACAUUGCGUGAGGUGAUAACUCACAAAAUUGAUAGAUAUUUUUGUAAAUACCAAUAUACAUAGACAUAAUACACAGUACAAGAGCGAAUAGAAACUUUAAACUAACGAUGACUAAUACUUUAUAAGUACAUUGAAUUUAAGAUACAGUGAGAGAGAAAAUGAAUGAACAAGUCCAGAUCAUUUGUUGUUUAUCUUAGGUAUUGUUACAUAUGCAUCUAAGCCUAAGUGAUUUAGUAUUGAAAUGUUGAAGAAAAAAUUGAUUUAAAUAAUUUUUAUUCCUUGUUAUAGAAAAAAAUUUUUUAUCAGCUUUACACCCAACGAUUCCCACAAUAUUGUCAGUUUCAGUAAAGUUCAGAGACUGUUGUAAAGCGGUGCUUGAAAUGUUUUGUUUGAAGAUUUAUUUUAUUCAGUACAACGAAAACCCCAUGAGUACGUAAUUUAAAAUCAUUGAAAUAAUGAAGAUGAUGGCGAUAAUCAUAAUAAUACCUAAGUUACAAAAUAAUAUUUUACAUUUUUGUUUUUUUUUACCAUUAUUUCAUAUGUAGGCUAGUUUCGUACAUCAAUUAAAUUAGUGCGCAUAAAUUUUUAACUUUUGCUCAUACACGAAGUUAUUUUUUUGGUUCCUUACUGGGUAUUUUCAUGUGAGUUAUAUGGUAAUAAUAAUAGUGAUGAAAUUAUUCAGUAAAACCUAUUAGGUAAAUUCAGGUAAAAAGUUUUUGACCCAAUAGGAGACUGCAUUUUGAUGUCGAAUUUAAACUGUGCGUGUAAUUUAAAGCUUUACCUUUGUUGCCUUCGUAAUAUUGAGAAUAAUAAUUAUAGUAGGUGAAAUAAAAAACAUGCGUUGAUUAUAUGUGUAAUAAAAUUUGUAAACCAACGUCUUAUAUUCGUGGAUUUUUAUAAAAUAGAAAUAACCUAGGGACAGUUAUUAUCAGUUAAUUUAACUACUAUUAAUAAUGCACUAUUAGAGUAUAUUAGCUUUGUUUUACACAAAUUAAUUACGUGAUAAUGAACACUUGACUAUCAUAUAAAAUUCGUAUUCAUUUGGUAAUAUCUUUAGUCGUAGUUGAAAGUGCCGUAAAUAAAAAGUAGUAAUAUUCUCGUAAUCUGCUGAUCAAAAAUUCAUUUGUCAUUGUAAAAAAAUCAGAUUAUUUAUAUAUUUUCCCUUCAAAUGACCGUAUAGCAAGAUAUCGUAUUUUACUUACGUGACAUUAAGAUUGUAAAAUAACCAAAGUUUCAAUUCAAUACAAAAAAUGUUUAAAAAGUGCUCUGUUGUUUGUCCUCAUAUAAAGCAAGGAAGAGUUCGAAUAAUUCAAGGUAACACUUACAUUUAUAUAACGUUCUAUAAAUCUCUUGAGUGAGCAAAUUUAAUUGUACGAUUCUAUAAACUAAUACAAUUUUUACAUUUAAAAAAAUACCCACAUUUUUUGACAUGUGUAAUAAAAAAAAAAAAAAAAAAACUAACAAAUAAUAAUUUUAUCAAAUUGUAAAAUUUCAAUGAGGACAACGUAAUUGCAAAAGAUCAAUUAAUCUAGUUGGGCACAUUUUAAUUAUAUUUCAACGUAUUCAAGAAGAAUUGCUCUUAUUCACAUUCAAUAUUUUUCUAUCAAUUUUCGAUUCGAGUUUCUGUGUCCAAAUUCGCAUCUUUUGCAAUGGUUUUAACACAUUGAAGUUCACAAAUAUUCAGGUGCUCUGAAAUAUGUUUUUCUUUUUCUGCCAUUCUUAUUCUGUUUUUUUCCUCUCUAAAUUAGUAGUUCCAUAUUCAUAUUUGAAUCAUUAAUUUUUUAAUCUGUGUCGUGGAUUAGUUUUGAGUUCACUUGGUGCUCAAAUCUCUGUUUAACGAUGACAUUUAUUUCAAGUAUAUUACUCUAUCUCGUUUUUAAGAAAAAUUGAUAUAUCGAUUCAAAUUAUCGCAGGUAUUAAACAAUUUAACAGUAUUAUCCAACGUUUUAUAACACGGGUAACGUAUAAUGUGUCUGGUUUCGAAACAUGGUUUAUUAUUACCGAAUAUACGCAAUCAGCUGGCAUGUCGGUGUUAUGUCACAAUUAAAAAUCAUUUAUUCGAAGUACGACACAUUUACCCAAUUUAUUCUCUAUUUACCAAAGAAAACUAAAAUGAUAAAAAAUCUUCCCUUAAAUCAGGUGAAGAUAAGAUUAAAACAGAAAUGAUCUAUAGAACGUUUAUUGACUCUCGCGCACCAAUUUUUCUGUAUAAUAUACAUUAAUGUGACUAGAACAAAAAUGAGUUCUCUAAAUGUUAAGAGAACAUCUUGCUAUAUAUCUUCUCACAAAUACAUAAUUAGUUCCUUCAAGAUUUAUAUAAUCGUUGAUUUUUCAAGUAAACAAUUUGAAAACUGAUGCAAAAACGUUUCAACAUCUGUAAUUUAAUGUACUACAAGAAGAUAAACCAAUCUCAUGCACUAUACAAUAACCAAACAAGUUUUGAUAUAUUGAAACGAUACGUGCAAAACAUUUUAUCCUACAAAUAUCUUGACGAAAAUUUGCAUUUUGCAUGAUUAGUUUACUAGAUGAUGUAAUUUCUUUAGAACUAUUGACAUGAAUAUUUAAAUCAAAUAUCUGAGACUUAUCUGAUAUUUUUCACGUGAAGGCAUACAUAGUUUUAGCUGAAACUAUGACUCAUUAAAAAUUCUAAAGAUGUUAAAACUCUUUUGUAUCUGAAAAAAUCAAUUUUCUGUUAUGAAGAAAAUAUUUUUGAAACAAAAGAUUGAGGUUUAAUUUUUUCAACAAAACUGUCUUUUUUGAAGAUGAUGAUUUUAUAGCAGAGACAAAUAUUUUAUUUGUGCCUGAUUCAAAAAAAUUCCAUGGUUUCCUUAGAUUUUACUUACAGAAAUUCAAAUCACUUGUUACGUUAGUGUGUAUAGUGAAAAUAAAUGCCUUGAGCGACUGUUGAGUAUUAAUGUACUGAUUGAAAAUGUCAAGGGUACUUUUUGGCACAUUGAAUGACAAAUUUCACGAAACCUGUUUUCAUUUGUUUCACCCUGACAUACAUACGUAAAUAAAUUUAUGCACAUAGUAUAACAACAUAAUGUAUAGUAGUAUAUAAUAUUAAUAAUAAGGAAUUUUAUGCUACAAGCUAGAUUUUGGCGUAGUUUAUAGUAUUGAGAAUCUGUUUCAGGGUCGUACACUUGGAGUCACUAAAUAUAUAUUUCAUGCAGAUUAUUUUCAGAGAUGCGACUGUGCAGAAAUUUUACUUUUUUCUAAAACUGUUGCAAAAUUGAUAAUUUUGUUUAUAUUCUACAUAGAGACUUUCUUUAUAAAUAAGACGAAAAUGCCAACGUCCAGUCCUACUGACUUUUAUCUUGUGGAGUAUUUGAAGAAAGUUAGCUCUGCAGCAAUUAUCUAAUUAAAAACAAAUUGCGUUUCAAGUAAAUUCGAGAUUACUAGCAGAAUAAAAUAUGUUACCCUAAAUUGGGCACUAAUGUGGUGCUGCAAUUCUAUUUCAAUAAGUAUCAUAAACUACAUCAAAAUUUGGCUGAUUCAACACCGAAUCCCCCACCUGGACAUAGUUAUCACAUUCAAAAGGCUGUCGAAUAAUAUUAUUACUAUUUAGAUGUAUAAUCAGAUCCGAUCUAUGUAAACUUCACGCAUGAAUAUUAUUGAUAGAUCGAAAUUUCCAGCGUGAUAGAAAAUCGCAUAAACACAGCUCCUGCAAAUUACUGUGCACAUCAUUGCUCAUAAACUUGUAACUCAUAGGAAAAGCACCCUGGUCCCAAUUAGUUGAUAGUAAUUAGGAUCUGACUGUAUAUAAAUGAAAAUUAGCAUAUCAUAAAUCAGCUUACAAGCUUGUGUCCGGCGUUUAUUUCGGCAAAGAAUUUUAAAAUGAAAUAAAAGAAAUCUUUAUUAAUAAUUACCACUCUUGAAGUUACUUCAUUUCUUCCUACUUAAUCCGUGUACAUUUUUGCGUGUAUUUAUCACUAUUCAUUUGUUGCUCACGGAUCUUUUUGUGAAUCUAUCCCACGAUCGAUUCGUUCGAGACGUAAUCUUCGAUAUUAAUCAGAGAAUGAAUUGCUUUAUCCGAUUCUUACGAAAGAACUCAAGUUCUAUUCUCAAUCUCGACGAAAGUUUUUCAACCAAUAGAAAAGAAAAUUUUUCAACAAUUUCAUACUAGGUGGAACUAGCUGUUUAUUAUCACAUUUGAAAAGUUUGAAAUUACUUUGGUUCAAACUAAGUAUGCACGUGUAUUUGAGGUGUGUCAAGUGAAAGUACCGUUGAAUAAAAUAUUUUCAUACAAAUGUAUAUUGACGCAGCAAAAUAUCACAUAUUUAUACAUCGUUUGAUAUUUGUUGUUAGAUUACAGUAAUGUUAAUUAUAAAUCGCACGUAUAAACAGCGUAUAAAGUUAUUUUGGAUAACGACAGUUUUCCUUCUUUUUUUUUAGCCAAGAUUAAUUUAUGGUUCAUUGGUCCCUUUCUAGUUGAGUUAUUCAAUCUUUCUUACACACAUACACACAGCGAUUGUAAUUAUUACAAUAAUUCUGUCAUUUAUAGCUGAAACUCCUCAUCUAACUGUACGGAAAAACUAACUGCCAUACGACAUUCAAUGUAGUUAACAAUAAGCUGACAAUGGAGACAACUGCUCAGAAUCUGGUUCUGGUCUCGUUUUAUGUUUCAAA